CUCUCUCUCUCUCUCUCUCUGGCUCUGAGUUUCGUUGUAUUGUCUGUGGUCUGAGCAUAUUUAUAGGAAAAGUCGGCGGCAUUAAAACAUACAGCAUUUCAUUAGUGAAGUGCGUUACAGUGUUGUUCACUGUUUCUGUUCCAAUCUCAGAGCUUUAUUCUCUCUCUCUCUCCCUCGGAACAGAGCACACAAUCUUCUCUCUCUCUCGUUUCUAUUCUCUCUCGCUCUCUCUUGUUCCAUCUCUCUCGCUCUCUAUAUAUAGUAUAGUUUCGGACACUGUGUUUGGCUUCUGAGAUUAGAGAACGAGACAGAACAAGAAGUUCAUUUCUUCUCAGAAACAGAGGUGUACGGAUCAGCCAGCACGCGUCCGGAGAAAGGUCGGCGGGAAAAUGUCGAGGGAGCAGCAAGCGGAGGAGGCGAUAGUGGUCUCCGGCGGAGGAGAGGCGGAAGACGACGUCGGAGGAAAGGCAGAGGAGACGGAGGAUGUCUCCGCCGGCGCCGGCGGCUUCAGCGUGAAGAGCUUCCUCUGGCACGGCGGCUCGGCCUGGGACGCCUGGUUCAGCUGCGCUUCCAACCAGGUGGCGCAAGUGCUGUUGACGCUGCCGUACUCAUUCUCACAGCUGGGGAUGAUAUCGGGGAUAUUGCUUCAGAUAUUCUACGGUCUCAUGGGGAGCUGGACCGCUUAUCUCAUCAGCGUUCUCUACGUCGAGUAUCGAGCUCGCCAGGAGAAACAAGGCAAAUCCUUCAAGAACCAUGUCAUUCAGUGGUUCGAGGUGCUUGAUGGAUUGCUGGGUCCGUAUUGGAAGGCAGCAGGGCUCGCAUUUAAUUGUACCUUCUUGUUAUUUGGAUCCGUCAUACAGCUCAUCGCUUGUGCCAGCAAUAUAUACUAUAUAAACGACAGGUUGGACAAAAGGACAUGGACUUACAUAUUCGGCGCGUGCUGCGCGACGACGGUGUUCAUACCGUCGUUCCACAACUACCGCAUUUGGUCGUUCCUCGGCCUCGGCAUGACCACCUACACUGCUUGGUACCUCGCCGUCGCCUCCUUCCUCCACGGCCAGGUGGAGGGCGUGAUACAUUCUGGUCCGACCAAACUGGUUCUCUACUUCACGGGAGCCACCAACAUCCUUUACACCUUCGGUGGCCACGCCGUUACUGUGGAAAUAAUGCAUGCGAUGUGGAAGCCGAGGAAGUUCAAGUACAUUUACUUGCUUGCGACGCUGUACGUGUUCACGUUAACGCUGCCGUCAGCCUCCGCCGUCUACUGGGCGUUCGGAGACCAACUCCUCAACCAUUCCAACGCCUUCUCUCUCCUCCCCAAGACCGGCUUCCGUGACGCCGCCGUUAUCCUCAUGCUCAUUCACCAGUUUAUAACGUUUGGGUUCGCAUGUACGCCGCUGUACUUUGUGUGGGAGAAAGUGAUAGGGAUGCAUGAGACGAAGAGCAUAUGCAUGAGGGCGUUAGCGAGGCUACCGGUGGUGGUGCCGAUAUGGUUUUUGGCCAUCGUUUUCCCAUUCUUCGGUCCCAUCAACUCGGCCGUGGGGGCUCUCCUCGUCAGCUUCACCGUCUAUAUCAUCCCCUCCCUUGCCCACAUCCUCACCUACCGCUCCUCCUCCGCUCGCCAGAACGCGGCGGAGAAGCCGCCGUUAUUCAUGGGGGGAUGGGCCGGAGUUUACGUACUGAACGCAUUCAUAGUGGUGUGGGUGCUGGUGGUGGGGUUCGGGUUCGGCGGCUGGGCGAGCAUGACCAAUUUCAUCAAGCAAAUCGACACUUUCGGCCUCUUCGCCAAAUGUUACCAGUGCAAGCCUCCCCCCUCCCCCGCCCAUCUCCACCACCCGUGAUUGAGCCACCCUCCUCUUGGUUUCACAUAUAUACAUACAUACAUAUAUAUACAUAUGUAUGGGGUGGUUUUGUAUUAGGGUUUGAUGAUUUCAUUUAGUUGUUUACAAUUUGAACGUAUAUGAUAUGAUGGUUCCUUUUGCUGUUUAUUGUUAAUGGGGGGAGAAUUGUUGUGUUGUA